AUGGCGACGCGCGGUAGGACUCAGAUGGCAAUGGCGGUUUGGUCCAUUUUAUCUAGUGGGGCUGUGAUUGCGUUCUUUCUGUUGUUUUUUCGCGUCUCACAGGCCCAGACCUUCUCCUUCCCUUUCCAGCAGCCGGAGAAGUGCAACCCCAACCACUACUUCGAUAUCUCUGUGCUCUCCUGUGUCCCGUGUGGAGCCAACCAGAAGCAGGACGCCCGAGGUGAGACUGAGGGCUUAACUGCAGAAGGAAAAUGCUUCUGUCCCACUGGCCAUAUUUUAGUGGAAAGAGAUGUUAAUGGGAUGUUAUUGUCUGAAGCAACUUGUGAGCUCUGUGAUGAAAAGGAAGACUCUUUUACAGUACCAAAUGCUUUAGGAAAUAGGUGCGUCCGAUGUGAACCAACAUUCAUUAAUACCAGCAAGUCCUGUGCAUGUUCUGAACCUAACAUUUUAACAGGGGGAUUAUGUUUCAGCAGCACAGGGAAUUUUCCUCCAUGUAGAAUUUCACCUACGCGUUAUGGAGAGCUUGGCAUGUCCUUAACUUCAGAAUGGUUUGCAAAGUAUUUGCACUCAUCAGCAGUUGCAUGUCAGAUGCAUGCUAAUCUAACAUCUUGCCAAGUUCUUGGAAAUAUGUGUGUGAUGAACAUGAAUUCUUAUGAUUCUGCUACAUGUGAUGCAUGUCGACUGUUUCAGUUUAUCUUUGAAAAUACUGCUUCACUGAGCACUGUUCAUUCUAUCUCAUUUUGGAGACAGAAUCUUCCAUGGCUGUUUUAUGGAGACCAGCUAGGAUUAGCACCUCAAAUACUCACUACUACCCCUCUUCCUACAAAUUUCAGUUUUAAAGGGGAAAACCAGAAUACAAAACUGAAGUUUGUUGCUGCUUCCUAUGAUAUAAGAGGCCAUUUUCUCAAGUGGCAAACUUUAGAAGGAGGUAUUUUACAGCUUUGUCCAGACACAGAGACAAGGCUAAAUGCUGCUUUUUCUUUUGGAACCACCUAUCAACAAAAUUGUGAGAUUCCUAUUUCUAAGAUCUUAACUGACUUUCCCACUCCUAUAUUUUAUGAUGUGUACCUUGAAUAUACUGAUGAAAACCAACACCAAUAUAUUUGGGCUGUACCUGUGUUAAACCUAAAUCUUCAGCACAAUAAAAGAUUUGUGAACCAAGACAGUAGCUCUGGCAUGUGGCUUCUGACUCGGCGCAUUUUCUUAGUGGAUGCAGUAAGUGGACAAGAAAAUGACUUAGGAAGUCAGCCAAAAGUAAUUCGAAUUGCUACCCAAAUAUCACUGAGCAUCAACCUUGUACCUAACACAAAAAAUGGAAACAUCUACCCUCCUUUAAUCACUAUUGCCUACCGUGACAUUGAUAUCAAAGAUCCCAAGAGCCAGUCUGUGGAGGUUUCUUUCUCAGUCAAAUAUGAAAUGAAUCAAGGAGAAGCACAUGUUCAGACAGAUAUUGCUUUGGGUGUGUUGGGUGGGCUAGCUGUUUUAGCAGCCCUUUUGAAGACAGCAGCAUGGAAGAGGCGCAUUGGAAGUCCCAUGAUUGAUUUACAGACAGUUAUGAAAUUCUUGCUGUACUAUGCUGGUGAUCUCGCCAAUGUUUUCUUUAUCAUCACAGUGGGAACAGGUCUUUAUUGGCUUAUUUUCUUCAAAGCACAGACAUCUGUCUCUGUUUUGCUACCAAUGACAGUUCAAGAAGAACGGUUUGUUACUUAUGUGGGAUGUGCUUUUGCUCUGAAGGCACUGCAAUUUUUGCAUAAACUCAUAUCCCAGAUUACCAUAGAUAUAUUCUUUAUUGAUUGGGAGCGACCUAAAGGAAAGGUUCUUAAAGCUGUUGAAGGUGAGGGUGGCGUACGGAGUGCCACUGUUCCUGUAAGCAUAUGGAGAACAUAUUUUGUAGCAAAUGAAUGGAAUGAAAUUCAGACUGUGAGAAAAAUUAAUUCACUCUUUCAAGUACUUACUGUCCUCUUCUUUUUGGAGGUUGUGGGAUUCAAGAACUUGGCAUUAAUGGACUUAUCCUCUAGUCUUUCUAGAAGCCCACGUAGCUACAUAGCUCCUGAUAGCCGCAUUUUGAGAUAUGCAGUAUCUGCUGCUCUUUGGCUAGUCAUUGGAAUUAUACAGAUCGUGUUCUUUGCUGUCUUUUAUGAGAGAUUUAUAGAAGAUAAAAUUCGACAGUUUGUUGAUUUAUGCACUAUGAGUAAUAUAUCAGUGUUUCUAUUAUCCCACAGAUGUUUUGGAUAUUACAUUCAUGGUAGAUCAGUACAUGGCCAUUCAGAUACUAAUAUGGAAGAAAUGAAUAUGAAUCUUAAAAGAGAACAGGAAAAUUUGUGUAGCCAGAGAGGUUUGGUACCCAACACGGAUGGUCAGACUUUUCAGAUUGCAAUUUCUAGCCAGAUGAGACAACACUAUGACAGAAUUCAUGAGACACUAAUGAGGAAAAAUGGCCCUGCUAGACUAUUGACUUCAUCAGCAAGUACUUUGGAGCACAGUAUAAGAGCGUAUCAUACCAUGAAUAAAUUUCUUGGCUCUUUCAUCGAUCAUGUAUAUGAAAGUUAUUCUUUCAGCAGUGUUCUAUAUUAUGGAAACGAAGCCACUCUUCUUAUUUUUGAUCUGCUGUUCUUCUGUGUUGUGGAUUUGGCUUGCCAAAAUUUUGUUUUAGCAGCCUUCCUUACAUACUUACAGCAAGAGAUUUUUCGAUUUAUCCGUAAUACAGCAGGACAAAAGAAUUUGGCAUCCAAGACAUUGGUGGAUCAAAGAUUUCUGAUUUAA